GAAAGAAUACACUGGCGGGGAGAUUCGAUCCGCUUGUUGUGCUAAUGUUAGCUAACGAAAUUGAUUGCCUUGGUAGAUCAUUUCUAAAUAGGUGUACAAGGCUUUUUUUCUCUCCUUGUGAAGUACUGGUGAGUUUUUGGUAAUGAUUGACCAUUCCUAUCAUGUAACGUUAGGAUUUAUUUGCAGAUCCGUCGUUAGUUGGUACAGGUUUUAUCUGUUUCUUAAUCGUCUUCAUAUUUAAUAUGGAUGAGGCGAUGGAUGUCGACAUCCAUUUGGGAGGAUAUGUCAACGCAUCUGCAAGUUGGUAUUCCCAACGGGCACUGGGCACAACCCAGGGGUUUCAUUCUCCAGUUAUCAUCGAGGAUUCCGGGAGUAGCACGGAGGUGGAGGAGGAAGAGGAAGAACCCAGAGACCGGACCGCUCCAUUGUCUACAGCAGCAAGUCAGUUACCAGGUAGCUGGCUUCUUAACCGCAGAGGUGAAGCCGGGCCCCAGAGGCCUACCCUAACGCUUAGGCGGAGACGCAUGGCUAGGCGUCUGCUGUCUAACCCUCAGUUAGCGCCCUCCCACAGGGGUCCACUGGAUACCCUCCUGCGGGCCCCUGCAGCCAGUGACCCCGGACAGCACCCAGAAACCACAGAGGAAGUCAGUGAUUCUGAGGAGGAGCAACAGGAGGGGGCAGCCGCCACAGCAGCACCAGGGCCUCCCCCUGAGCAGCACAGGCACCCUCUGGUUCCCCCUGAGCAGCACAGGCACCCUCUGGUUCCCCCUGAGCACCACAGGCCCCCUCUGGUUCCCCCUGAGCACCACAGGCACAGUCGGCUGUCUAACACUCAGUUAGCGCUCUCCCACAGGAGUCAACUGGAUACCCUCCUGCGGCAGGGCAUCCUCUGGGACCCUCUGGCCCCCCCUGAGCACCACAGGCACCCUCCGGUUCCCCCUGGGCCCCAGGCAGACCCUGGGGCGCUGCAAAGCUCCAGCCACAGCUCUGCAACCCAGUCAGCCACACUGCAGGGAGUGACCCUCUCUGAGCCAGUUGCUGAAGCUCCAGCGGACCCACUGGAGGCUACAGCUCAACAAAUGGCAGCAGAGUGUGUUCCAGCCCCUGCUUUGCCUCCUGCUGCCCUGCCGUGUCCCCCAGCUGAGCCCAAAGAUGAGGAGGGGGAGGGGGAGUCCUGCCCCAUCUGUUUUGAGCCCUGGACCACGUCUGGCGAUCACCGCCUUGCUGCCUUGCGCUGCGGCCACCUGUUUGGCUACACCUGCAUUGACCGCUGGCUGCGGGGGGAGGGGUCCAAAUGCCCACAGUGCAACAAAAAAUCCAAGCGAACCGAUAUAGUGCUGCUUUAUGCCCGGAAAAUCCGAGCUGUAGAUAACACGGAACAGGAAACACUAAAGAGAUCUCUGGAACAGGAGCACGCUCUGCGCAGGAAGGCUGAGCUGGAGUGUGCCCAGUGUCGGUUGAAUCUGCAGGUGUCCAAUGAGGAGUGCAGUAAACUGCGUAAAGAGUUGCAGAAUCUGAGGAAAAUGAAAGCUCAGUUUGGCCUUAGCUCCAGUCAGUCUCAGAGCUCGUCUUUGCACUCCAAUGGCCACUACGUCUAUUCCACGGGAGUGAUGGUGUCCCAGGCGGGCGGCUGCAGGGUGAUGGCAUUCUGCGAGCCCCUCGGCUGCGUGCUGGCCUCCCAGCCCUCUGCCCACUCCUCACUGGUUCCCGGCUUCGGGGUGAAGAAGAUCAGCACAGCCACCAUGAAGGCCUGCCAGUACAUCCCUAUGCACAUCAAGCCCAUCCGCGGCCUGGCCUUCAGCCGCCAGCAGGACAGCCUGCUGCUCUCCGGCUCUCUGGACAACACCCUCAAGCUCACCAGCUUGUUGACGAACACGGUGGUCCAGACCUACAACACUGGCGUGCCUGUGUGGAGCUGCUGCUGGUGCCAUGACAACCACAACUAUGUGUACGCAGGCCUCACUAACGGCUCGGUGCGGGUGUACGACAUGCGGGACACCAGCACACACGUGCAUGAGCUGCUCCCGCUUGGUACCAGGUGCCCGGUGGCGUCUCUGACGUACCUACCUCGCGCCGCCUCCAGUGCGUUCCCAAUGGGCGGCCUGCUGGCGGGCUCCCUAGCGGGCGGCUGCUUCUGGGAGCUGCAGGAGGGCACCGCUCACCAGCCCCAUGCGCUGCCUCUGGAGGCGGGGAGCUGCACAGACAUCCAGCUGGAGCCCACGAGUCGCCACUGCCUGGUAACAUACAGGCCGGGGCGCUCUAACCCGUCUCUGCGCUGUGUCCUGAUGGAGAUGAACCGCACGGCUGAGGCAUGCUCCUGUUCGCCAGUGCAGACCUUCACCGCUGGAGGCUCCUCCAAGAUGCUCACCAAGAACUCCAUCUUCAAAAACCCAACCAAAGACAACUCAAUGCUGGUGUGCGCGGGGGAUGAAGCCUCUCAAUCGACCAUGGUGUGGGAUGCUGGCAGUGGGGCUCUGCUGCAGAAACUCCCCUCUGACCUCCCAGUCCUGGACAUCUGCCCUUUCCAGGUGAACCAGGGUCACUACCUCGCUUCACUGACAGAGAAGAUGGUCAAGAUCUACAAGUGGGAAUGAGAUGAUGUGGUAGCAGCAGAAGGGCUCAGGUGUUGUAGUUUAUGGGAUCAUGCAUUAUUUUAUAUGCACAACUGUGCCAUAUUUUCUAGAGCUUUUAUAUUGUUGAUUUAAUACCAAAUAAAAAUGUGUUUGUAUA